AAAAAAAAAAAAGAUUGUACCCGUCAUUUCGUCAUUGCGAGUUGGAAAGCAAAAUAAAAAAUAGGAAAAUAAGGAGGGAAUAAUAGAAUGAAAACAUCCAACCUCUCAAUGCAUUGGGAAGAGACUGAAGCUGGCUAUCACACAACACAUACGAGAACCGCUGCAGUCAAAUAAUCAACACCAGGAGGAACCGGGUGGAGCAAUGGGGUAUUAUAUCGGGUUGAAGCAAUUGCAGAGCUUCCGUAUCAUAUAUCAACAAGCUUUCUCUGUUUUUCUCGGCCGGUGUUUUGCCAUGUGAAGUUGUACCUAGGUAAUAUAGCUUGGUUAACGCCUGUCAUAGAAGAAGAUUUCGUCGUCCUGUCAUCUCAUUCUCACAUUCCUUUCUUUCUUUUUCCCUUUCUUCAUCAAAUAUAUCAAACCAUAAUUUCAAAUUUCAUUCUUUGGUCUAGGUGAUAUUUCAAAUACCUUCUAAACAUAUCAUUAUUCAUAAUACACCUCCCCCGUACUUUCCAACAGUGUUCACAUCCACAACAAUGAGUAAGAUGGGAGAUUUCGAUGCUGUCCGCAAGGAUAUCAUCGCAGAGAUGAAGAAGCCGGGAUAUGACGACGGUAGCGCUGGUCCUGUCUUUGUCCGUCUAGCCUGGCACUCAUCCGGCACCUAUGACAAGGAGACCGACACAGGCGGCUCCAAUGGCGCUGGGAUGCGCUAUGAAGGCGAAGGCGGGGAUCCCGCCAACGCCGGCCUCGAACACGCCCGCACAUUCCUCGAACCCAUCAAGAAAAGACAUCCCUGGAUCACAUACUCAGACCUCUGGACACUAGCGGGCGUAGUCGCCAUCAAAGCCAUGGGCGGUCCCGACGUCCCCUGGAAGCCCGGCCGGACUGAUUUCGUCGAUGACUCCAAAAUACCACCCCGGGGCCGCCUACCAGACGCCACGCAGGGCAGCGACCACCUCCGCCACAUCUUCUACCGCAUGGGCUUCAACGACCAGGAAAUCGUCGCGCUCUCGGGUGCCCACACGCUGGGACGCACACAUAAGAACCGCAGCGGUUUCGAGGGCCCGUGGGUGCACAACCCAACGCGCUUCUCGAAUCAGUAUUUCAAGCUGUUGAAGUCACUGGAAUGGAAGCCAACGACGCUGUCGAAUGGAGUCAAGCAGUUCAACUAUGUGGAUCCGGACAUGGAGGAUGAGGAGCCGCUGAUGAUGUUGCCGACGGACAUGGCGCUGUUGUCAGACGUGGAGUUUGCGAAAUGGGUGUUCGUGUAUGCAGAGGAUAAGGAACUGUUCUUUGACCACUUUUCCAAGGUGUUUGCCAAGUUGCUGGAGUUGGGUAUCAAGCGGGAUGCUCAGGGAAAUAUUACCAAUACCGAUAACAAGCUGGGUGGCUAUGUUUCUGCACCGAAGAAGUCUGAUACGCCACGCGCGAGGUUGUGAUUCCUCUUUUUUCUUUUCUUUAGCACAACUCUUACCUCCUGGUUAGGUAUCUUUGCUUUUUGUCGCCGCCUCCUUGUCGUGCUGCGAUUUCUUUUGUUUGUCCUUUUGCAAAAGCAUAAUUAGCGUUAUAUUUUGCGAAGUGUCAUGAUAGAAACUGUAUAGAAGAUAGACUCAAUAUAACACCUCUCUUAAAACACUCCAUA